CGGAGCCCGAGGGCAGGCCGCGGCGACGCCCGGGAGGCGGCGGAAAGGACCCAUUCGCCGAGAGGGGCCCGUGGGGGCGCGGAGGCCCGGCGGUAUGGAGGACGCGCGGCCCGGGUGGCCCCGGCGCGGUGGCGGGGGCGCGCAGCACGGGCCGGCGGAGGGGUCGGCGCGCCUGAAGCGCGGGGACGCGGACGACGGCGGCGCGGGCUGCUGGUGCUGGCGGCGGCUGUUCCGGCGGGGCGCGGCCCGCGGCUGGCGCAGGAAGGCCAAGCGCGCGCGCGGCCGGGCGGACUCGGAGCGCGGCCUGUGGGUCCAUCCGCGCGUGCAGAGGCUGCUGCAGCGGCUGGCGGCCUGGAGGCGGCGCUACCUGCGGCGCGGGGAGCGGCCCGAGCGGCUGGAGGAGAUCCCGCUGCUGGCGCUGGAGCGCGCGCCCGGCCGAGACUAGGCCGCGGGCGGCCGCCAGGAUCCCCACCCCCACCCCGGGCCGCCCCGUGCGCCCACAGCUUUGGUUCGGUUGUGAUGGACAAAAGGCGAGGAAUGACAAUAAACCCGACGCCACGGGAAUGAGAGAA